AUGUCAGUGAAUACUGCAAAUACGCCGGAUGGUCGUGGCGUUCUUAUUUAUAACGGUGAAAUGAUUCUCCUGUAUACGAAAGAGGUGGUGCUUCAGUUCUCGGAUAUACCCGAUCCAAUUUUCAAGGGCAAAAAAGUUGGCAAUCUGUAUCUCACAAGCCAUAGAGCGAUAUUCAUAAAUCGUGACAACGAUGCAUUGGGUUCACUUUCGAUGCCAUUCCAUUGUAUGCGUACGGUCAAAUUGGAGCAACCUGUGUUCGGUGCGAAUUAUCUGAAAGGUGUUUUACUUGCUCAGCCUGGAGGAAAUUGGAGUGGUGAGGUGACAUGGAAAUUAUCUUUCAAUAAGGGUGGUUGUAUCGAGUUCGGGGAAGCGCUUUUGAAAGCGUCAGAUAUGGCACAACGUUAUCGGCCCUACGAUGCGCCGCCAGCAUAUGCGCCACCGGCGGGUUCAUUUUAUUGUGCUCCACCAGCUUAUUACAUUCCACAAGGUGGUAAUUAUAACGGUUUUCAAGCUCCAACAAACGUCUUUCCUGAUCAACCUCCAGCUGGUAAUGUGUUCAUGUAUGAAGCGCCACCACCCUAUACGGGAAUCGGACCGGAUCGUGCACCUAUGCCGGCAGGAGGUUUAAUAAAUGGAGCAUCAGCCCCGCCCGCGCCAUCGUCAGGUUAUGUGGCACCACCAAGCUAUGAUCAAGCAAAUGAACUCCCUAGAAAGGUUUGA